AUGGGCUCCAUAUUCUCGUCAGUCAAUUCACCCGAGUCUUCGAAGCCAGACUCUCGACCUCAUUAUGAUGGCCCGAAUCGAUACCCGUAUGUGCGUAACGGCCAGCUUGUCCCCGUCGAAGCGAAUCCCACCAUUUGGUACGAGAGCUUGUCUGAGGCUGCGGACUGCGUACAACACCAAGACAAGGACAAAGUCAUCAUAUUCACCCCCAUCUGCGAUGAAGACAACGGCGAAUAUCCAGACCCCAGAUCGAGGCAUGGCUGGCCAAUUAAACGCUUGCGAAAGGCGUACGAGCUGCUCGGUGGACCACACCCGCGCAUCGUUCGGUAUAUCGGUGCGCUAUACAGCACUUCGGGUGAUGGUAUAGUGAUUGAGAAGCUGGAACCAGGCCAGCUCACGAGGGUUGAGGUGCCUGCGAUGACAGUGCCUGUAGUUGCGCAAACGAUGUCGCACGACGAUAAGAUUAUGUUAUCGCUGUAUUACCGAUGGGCGAUACAGGCACUCUCCGCCUUCCGGUUCAUUCAUGCUAGAUCCAUGUGCAUUGGGUUCUUCUCAUCGCAACUCGUGUGGAUACGCCCGGACUUCUCGCUCGCAGUGGGUGGAUUCAUCAGCGCCAGUGCACAGGAGAUAGAGGAUGAGCUCUGGAAAGAUACUGAAGAAGACACUAAGGCGGCCCGACGAGAAGCUAACUUCAUAGAUGAAAAUGGACGAGAGAUAGAGAGCACCGCUAGCUGCGGUUGGGACGAGGGUGAGUGGGCAGCGGACGACAUGAUAUAUGAUAUGGUACAUUAUGAGGAUCCUUUUGAUGAAAGUUACUACACAGGAGGUGUACAAGGGAGUGUAAAGGCAGAUCUCUUCUACUGGGCUACAUUCGUCUGGCGACUCAUGACGAACGACUUCACUGCUGUAUCGCCAUCGCGUCGUGGGCCUUUUCGUGGACUAUGGGAGCCUGCGUGGCCCAUGGAAGGAGGCUACAAAAUCGAAGACUCGCCAAAUAUAUCCAACAUUAUCGAUGAGAGAGAACGGCGCAAGCUAUUCCAACAGCUAGAGAGAGCUCGACUGGGACAUGUCCUGGUUGGCGCUUGGAAUAAUCGAUAUGGCAACGUGGAUGAGGUUGUUCGUGAUAUCGAGUUGGCAGCAGUCGAGGUGGGCAUAACCAUCUCUGGCGACGAGGUUGACAUUGGUGAAAAGUGGGAGAAUGUGUUCGAGUUCAAGGACGAGAAGCUGGGUUUCAAAGUUAGACCUGAUUAG